AUGCUGCCCUGUGGAUGCGAGCACGUCUGCUGCGGCAUUUGCGAGCACGCGGCUCGCGCAGGGCGCCCGCGCCUCUUCACGCGCGAGAGCGCGGCGCAGUGGGACCCCCCGAACCUCACCGACUACCGUGGCGCUGACAAGCUCGAGGCCCGCAACGGCGACAGCGGCGAGCCAACAAUGUGGUUCUGGCAGAUGACAGGUACGCGCUGGCCGGCACACGACAAAAGGGAGAGCCGCACGACCUUUAACACGGCCACGAAGGCUUGGCGUCGCCUGACCGCCUCCCAGGAGGAGCGGUCAGCAGAGACUGCGGCUCGCUACGAUCGAGAAGAUGCCAGGCUGGAGCUGGAGGCAGCAGAGGAGCUGCGCGUGGUUGAGGAGGAGCAGCGCGUGCUCGAGGAGAAGUGCAAGCAGGAGGCGCGCGAGCAGCAGCAGCAGCAGCGACGGCGCCGGGCCGAGGAGGCGGCCUCGCGCGUGCACGCCGCACGCAAUCGUGUGCGCGAGCUGCCGAUGCGCCCACGUGAUGCGUCGCCGCGGAUCGCGCUGCUGGCCGCGCUGCGGGGCGUCACAGGGAACCGCCUGUGCGACUGGGCGUGGGUCGAAUCGGAUCCGAUCGGAUCGAGCCGCGUCCGUUAUUCGGUGAGGGACUCAUCGCCCCGGCUCGAGCUGCCUCUCGACGAGCCCGACGAGAUGAUGGCGCGGAUCGUUGCCGCGUCGGGCAGCGACGAGCGGCCGCCGUGGGCAGACUGGUGGCCGUCGCCGAGCGAACUGGUCGGCAAUCCGCUGCUGGCGGAGAGGGCUCGCGCCUGGAGCCUGGAGAGAGGGCGCUCGCCAGAGCCGGAGCCGCGCGCGACGACGUGGGCGCUGCAGCAGGUGAUCGCCGCGCGACGCGGGUGGGAUGGCACGUGGAGCGGCAUGCACGUGAGCGGCGGCGAGGAGACGGAGAGGAAUGCUUUCCGCUGGCGGCGUGACACGCUGCGGCUGCGCUUCAUCGAGUGCUGCCUGGCUCCCACCGCGCUGCCCGCACUGCUCGACGAGCCGGACUUGCCCGACUCGCUGUGGGAAGCGGAGCCGGGCUCGAUCAACGACGAGGAGCUGGCGAUGCUGGAGCGAUGGGAGCGGGUGGAUAUGCACAACGAGCUGCUGCGCGAGUACUCCUUCUGCUACAAGCUCUUCUUCACUGCAUCAGCAGCGGCGGCUGCGUCGUUGCCACCGCUCGCCCCGGGUGCGCAUGCGUGGGCGGCAUCAGUGCUGCGGCAGGCCGCGUGCGGAGAGCGCGAGCCGCUCAAGCUGGUGGGUGGCAAGUGGGCCUGCGACGUGCAUGUCUCGUCCAACUUGAAGCUCGCGCUCGAGCCGCUGCCGCCGCGGUUCACCUACCCGGUGGCGACGCUCCCCGCUGCGAUCGCCGCCAUCGGCGAGGCGUGCAACCGCAACCGGUGGAGCUCGUGGCCGCCGCGCAGCCACUGCGAGUCGGAGCUGCCGCCGGCGCCGUGCGUGCAGGAGCUCUCGCGCUACUUUCAGGGCUCGUUCACCGCGGCGAGUACCGGCAUCUGGGACAAGUCCAAGCUCUUCCCCGCCUCCUUCGACUUCCACGGCGGCUAUCCGCAGCGACAUCCCGCCCGUGCGGUGCCGACGCACCUGCCGCAGCCUGAGCACCGCACCGUCAGCCGCGUGAGCCUCAACCUCUCGGUGUUCCUGCGCACGCGAGGCUCGCACUGCCAUGCUGGAGUGGCUGCGGUUGCCAACUACAUUGCUGCGCGGAGAGCGGAGCUGGCGCGCCAGUCGCAGCGGGAGCUGCAGAGACGAAAAGCAGAGAUCGCCGAGGAGAAGCGGAAGCAGGAGCAGGACCAGAAGCGGAAGCAGGCUGCGGCGGAUGCGCGGAAGCGAAAGCGCGAGCGCGAGGACGAGCUGAUUCGGCUACAGCUCGAAGAGAGGCACGAGCGGCUGCGAGAGAAAGAGCGAGCAAGGCUGCGCGCGAGAUACGGAGAUGCAUGGAGCGAGGGCGCUCCCGAGGUGCCCUGUGCUGUCGCUCUGUCCGUGGAGAGGGAGGGGGAGGGCUCUAUCGAAGGGCGUAGCUGCGGACCGAGUUCCGGGCCCGCAGAGGAGCCUUGCUCGGAGGGGCCUCUCUACGCUCUCGGCCUCCCUCCUGGGUUUGACGACAGCGUGGUGCCUAGUGCUUGCUGA